UCUACUCUGCCUUCCCUCUGCAGAGCCCAAGGAAAAGUACCCAGAGGUUGUGCACCUUGCGGAGGGGGCCUCCUCCAGCUGCAUGGGGAUCCGGAGCGCCAGCCAUCCAGGGCUGGAAUUAGCCGUCGUCUGGAGGGUACAAAUAGAUGAAGAAGGGAAGGUUUUGCCGAAGCUGGAUCUUCUCACCCAGGUGCCGCAGCAAGCCCUGGAGUGGGACAAGAAGGGAGUAAUAGAAAUUGCUCCUCUCAGCUUCCGAACCCUGCUGGGCGUGCUGGGCAUAGAGGCGGCUCUGGAAAGCCUGAUACGAUCGCUAUGCACAGGGAACAGCACUAGUUCCCGACACGGCAACACGUAGGAGUCGGGUGCUGCCCCAGGAGGCGUUUGAUUUUAUUGAAUAUAAACAUUUGCUAUUUUCCACUUAGAAACCAUACCCUUAGAACAUGUUGUCUGUGCAGUUGUGACAUGUUAUAUAUAAACUGUCAGGACAUGAAAAGUACAUACAGCUAUUUAAAUACAAAAUGCCAAAGACGGACGUGAGGGGAGCAGCUGUGCGCCCCUCCCGCCCCCAGGCAGAGGGCAGAGGCAGCACCCAUCUGGGGCUCUGGAGCCUCAUUUCCUAGACAUUCCUCAGACCCCUGGGAGAGCAGCACUCGAGGCAUCAGCAGCAUCUUUCAGCAAGUCCUGACACUCACUCUUAGCUGUCCCCAAAACGGCGAGUGUGAGCUUAAACGAGUAAGACGGUGAGGCCUGCCCGCCCCCCGCCGGCCUCCGCGCCGGGUCCUCCUUUACGCCCAGAGCCUCGUGCUGCACUCACCUCGGUCACCAUUUAAAAUGUCAGAACUGGUGGGAACACGGUUUCACUCAAACGGCCACCAGUGACAUAAGUGGCUGUGGCAGAAUGAACAGCAAAGGGCUGGACCGAGACCACCUCUGGGGCAGUCCUGUCCCCUCGUCCCCAGGCUCCAAACUGCCUGGUCCAGCCAGGACAGGCCCAGAGGCUGCGCGGCCCUCCUCGGGUGCGGUGCUGGAGCUCCGUGCACGGGGACCUAGGACCCUCGGCCCACGGGGUGCCGGGGAGGACCGCAUGCCUUUGUCAUCUCCCACCCACUCCUUCCCCUGUCCCAAGCCAGCAACAAGGAAAUCCUCCAGCCAGAACAACACUGACAGCUGCUUCCCUCCCACACGUGGGACUCGCCCACAAGAACACAGCUCUGUGCAUGUCCCUUCAGGUGGGGUCUCCAGAGCCUCCAGACCCCAACACACUGACAGGAGCGAUGCGAGUCACUUGACUAUCUUUUUGACCCUCUGAAUACAGAAGUGAGAAGUAAAUGUUAGGACAGAAUUAAAGAAUAAAUUCUUGAAAAACUGGCUUAAUUCAAACAGGUGUAAUUCUCAAGUUAUCACAAAAUUUCUCCACAGAAAUUUACAAUCAGCAAAAUAGUCUCAUUUUUCAUGUAGCAUUUUCAUAUAAUUCCACGGUUUCACUAAUAUUACAAUAUUAUAUUACAGUAAGCCUUCAUUAAUCCCUCAAAGUGAUGAUAUAAAUAGUUAGUCUGUACAACCUACUCUAGAAUAGAAGCUGAAGCCCGGUUCCCAGCAGUGUCACAGCAGCCGGGCCCACAGGGUGAGCCCACCGAGAACCUAAGAAGGGCCUGGGCAGCCCUGGUAGGGAGGCGGCCCAGCAGCACUCGGAGCAACACACCACCCAUCUCCGUGAAGCCCGAGGGAGGAGGGAAACAACGCUGGCUCUGGCAACACUGGGAGAGGUUCCGCAAACACCCAGAACACCAUGAACACAGAGCUGGGAGGAACAGCUGCCCUGGGGCGCCCACCCUGGUCAGCAGCUCAGCAUUGCAGCUGCUUCCUUCCAGUGUCCACAGCAGCAAUUUCAGGCAAACAAACACCUCAUCUCCCCUAACGUCAAGGACAAAAUCAGAAAAUAAAAGAAAGUGAAAGUCAA